AAGGCGAAGGUUCGAAAUAUAUAAAUGAAUGAAACGGUAAAACCUCUGGGAAAUUCAGAGUAUAUAAACUCGUUUCAAUCUCGUUACACCUGCAAUCCGUGUAACGAUUGUUCGAAGCAAUUUUGAGUUGCGGAUGCGGAUCCGUACAGAGCUCGCUGCAAUCUAACAUUCUACAGUGUUUGGAGGGCUAAAAUCUACCCUUGUUAGCUGAAGUUUCAAGAUCCAAAGCCUUCUUGAUGGCCUCCUAUAGAGAUGCAAGAUUGAAGGCUCUCACCAAUCCUUUAAGAGGUUCAGUUAAGCCCUCAAAUAAAACCACUAUCUUCCUCUCUGAAACAUCAGGGCUGUUGAUGAUUGCAUGAAGGGCAUGCUAUUAUUUGGAAGGUAUGGGUGAGGUAUACCAGCCUUAUGGUCUUGUUCUGAAGAGCAAUUCUGCUAUUCAGAAGUUCUUGGAAGAGGCAGCAUCAUCGUCAAAUGCAAAGUCUUCUGAAAUACUCUUAUCUGCAGAAAAAUACAUAUUUUCUGAUGAAGUUCCAUAUAUAGUUCUCAGAGACAUAUGGUUUCAAAUGGAACCUUCUCAAAGACCACGACUUUCAACUCUGCUUGCUGGCAUCACUUUUGUUCUUUCAAGCCCAAAGCCUAGGGAGAAGAGUAAAGAGCUGAAGGAUCGCCUUCAAAGGCUUCAAGAAAUGGCAGAUAGGAAGGCAUAUGAUGCUCUAGUUAAAGAUAUUACACUAAAGGAAGAUAAAGAAUAUUUCUCUUCAUACAAGGACCAACUUGGAUUUGGUUUACAUGUUAUUGCAAUAAUGUUCACCGGCUAUUUGGUUGGAUAUAUGGCAUUCCGAGCUUUAUUUGGAAACAACUCAGUCAUGAAUGCUGCAGGAGGUAUUUUGGGAUUGGUGUCUGGUAUGUUGCUUGAAACCGUUCUUUUUGUUGUCAGAAGUAGUAAGUAUGAGGUGUCAUCAGCUUCUGGUGCACGACCAAAAAAUAUGUAAGAUUGUCAGGUUUCAACAUAAGGGAAUUGUAAUUAAAGGUAUCGUUUGUAAAAAUCUGGUCUAUUUGUAUCUUUGCAUAAGGUAAUAACAAUUUCAAUUUGUCUUUUGGACAUUGGCUUUUCUGGCACAAAAGAAAGAUUUUCCUAUGGCUUAUUUGGA